AUGUCUUCUGCUGAAGCAAACACAGUAGAACAAUUGAAAGCCGCAGCUAAUGACUUGUACCUCAAGGGCGACUACGAAGCUGCCCAUCUGACGUACUCACAGGCCAUAGAGGAAGAUUCAACUAACCCAACUUUGUUUGCAAACCGGGCGCAGACAGACCUUGCGAUGAAGAAGUUUGUUGUCCUUUUUCUACAACACGCACAGAAGGCUGUAGAUUUAGACCCGAAGUUCUGCAAGGCUUGGGGCCGUCUGGCGACUGCUCAACACGCGCUUGCGCAAUAUUCAGCAAGUAUAGACGCAUGGCAGAAGGCUCUCUUAUCUCUUCCACCGGUGCCUGGGGAGGCGAAGCUCAGAUCACAGUUCGAAUCAGGUCUUCGAGCAGCACAGAUUGAGCAGGAAAGUGUCAAGAAACAAUAUGUGCCCACCGAUGGUGUGGUAGAGAGCAAGGAUCUACCUUGGAACAGGGCCUUGGCCAUGAAGGACGCGCUUCUCAAAGACAAAGGGGACUCUAUGAACAGUAGCGCUUGGAUUAUCAUGGCUGCCUACAAGGACUUCUCUGAAGGGGUCAAACUAAUGAACGAAGGGGAUAUCGACGUUGGCCGGAAGGGCAAGCUAUCAGCUCUCACUCUGCUAUCAAAUGGUAUUCUACGUGAUUCGCGAGUGUUUCAUAUGAAUUUGCCGGAUUGGGUUGAGAAGUACAAUCGGCGAGCCAUUUUUGAGAACAAGCUGUACAAUGCGUGGCUCGACGGCGGUGUGACAGCAGUCCAAGAAGAGGCUAUGGUGCGCCUGCAGGCCAAGGGAUGGGAUGAUGUCAGGGCCGCUCUCUCUGUGACGGUGCGCGGCUGGAUCGUGGUAGGUCUGAUCGCCAGCAAUGAUGGGCCCGAAAAUGGUAGCGCCGCGAUGGAGUGUUUCAGCCAGGCCAUAGGUGUCUUACAGUGGGGCAGGAAUAUGUGGCAGAGGGUACCAAGGGAACAAAGGGGGGAGAUAUUCGAUAGUGCCUUCUUGAGGGGUGUGAAGCGAUUGUUUCUGUCAGCUUUUGUGAAGGCGUAUACAAAUAGUCUUGGCCCUGACUCGGAUUAUGACCUUGACGAUCUAUACGAAAUGACCCGAGACUAUAUCAAGGAAGUGCAGGCGGACCCUCCAAAGUUCAUACGUGAUGAAAUGGACCCUGGCUUCCUGUCGUCCUUCUGGUUGUAUCCUCAAGCGGAGGGCUUUUCGAUUUUGGGCUUCGUGCAUAUGCGCAAGGGUCUCGAUGCCUUGGAACGUAAGGACGAUAAGGCGGCAGAAGAAUUUACGCAAGCAGCAAAAUGGUACAGCCAAGCAGGACAGUCAUAUCCGCAGGACGACGAGAAGCAUGUCUUUUUCCUCGCAAUCGCAAUGGAAGCCCUCUGGCGUCGUGGCACCGACCUUGGACAACUGCUUCCACUCUGCAAAGUCAUCCGAGAAGGCAUACCCGAGAUGAAAAGAAUCUGGGAAUAUUCGCCGAUGGCGGAGGAGAGGAACAGAAUUGUGCAAGAAAUUUUGGAUUUUGAAGAUGAGUAUCGUUCAAAGCUGAAGCGAGGUGAAUGCACGCUCAAAGAUGUCGUUUGUCCGGUGUCGUUCCAAAGUGUCUCCAGCUAA